GACAGAGUCCCAUGUAUCUCAGGCUAGGCUCAAACUAGGGAAGUAUGCAGCCAGGGAAGACCUUGAGUUUUGUUGGUUUGGUUCGGUUUUUAUUUUGUUUUUGUUUACUCGUUUUGGUUUUGGUUUUCGAGACAGAGUUUCUCUGCAGAGCCCUGGCUAUCCUGGAACAGUCCGGCUUCUUCUGCGCAUGCCCACCACUUCCUCCUGGCCCUCGUAUUUCUGAUUCUUCUGCCCCUCUUCCUUCCAAGUGCUGGGAUUACAGGCCUGCACCACCACGCCUAGCAUAGAACACAGAGUUUUAAACGCUCAGUUGCCAUCCGAUUUAGGCUUGAAUAAGGUAGAGGUCCGGAAAAUUAAGCGACGACAAGAGGUUUCUAAGUGUGCAACGACUGAAAAUUAAUUCCAAGGGUGUUCAUGAUUCACAUCCACAGUGCCACCGAAGACUUGGUUCUGAGCACACAAUAUGCACACUUCCACGCGGCGUGGGCCGUACAGCUACAGCGCCAACAAAUGCUUUCGAAAACCCCUGGGCUCAGAUUUUAGACUAUUGCAUGUUAUCAAUUGCAGAGUUUUUGCUGUAGAUGCAAAGUUUCCUGCUCUUACAGAAACCUGAUGGUUUGAUUAUGAAGAACAAAGGCUCUUAAUAUUUUCCUAUCUCUCAGCAUGUAUCAAAGUAGCAUAUUUUUGGAUUGUGACAGAAUGCCUGCUUUUAGAAAUUGCAUUUUAAAUGGCUGACUUGAACUUCAUAAAACAAUCGUUAAAUGAAUUUUAGCUUGGGAUCAGGACAGAAUGUCCAAUCAUUUCUGAGAACACUUCUGUCAUUUGGUAGCAUGCCUUUGUAUGAAGUAGCUUUCUUAGCAUUAAUUAUUAUAAAAUCAAAAAACCCAUCACCUCAGAAGCAAGAGGAUCAAAAAUUCAAGAACAGCCUCCUGGGCUAUAUAGUGAGUUCAGAGCCAACCUGGUCUACAUGAGACCCUGUCCCCCAAAUUUAAAAAAAAGGAAAAAUAGAGGCCAAAUGUUUUGCUUUUCCAUUAGAAAACCUUCCCUUUGGGCUGGAGAGAUGACUCAGCAGUUAAGAGCCCAGACUGUUCUUCCAGAGGUCCUGAGUUCAAUUCCCAGCAACAUGGUAGCUCAUAACCAUCAGUAAUGGAAUCUUCUGCCCUUUCUGGUGUGUCUGAAGACAACUACAGUGUACUCAUAUACAUAAAUAAUUCUGAAGAAGAGGAGGAGGAGGAGGAGAAAACCCUCCCCUGAGGCAUCAUUGUUUUCCCUGUAUAUAGAUUUUGAUGGUCUCAUUUCUUGUAUUUUCUUAUCUAAAUUGCAUGACUUUGCCAAUAAUUCAUUCGAGACAGAAAAGAAUUCUGUGUCUGAUGUUGAACACAAAAGAACAGCGACUGUGGUGGCCCAUACCUUUAAUCCCAGCACUUGGGAGGCAGAGGCAGGUGGAUUUCUGAGUUCAAGGCCAGCCUGGUCUACAGAGUGAGUUCCAGGACAGCCAGGGCUACACAGAGAAACCCUGUCUCGGAAAAAAAACAAAAAAAAACCCAAAACAAAACAAAAGGACUGUGACUUAGAAAAGAAAAAGGAGGAGUCCUCAAAGCCGCGAGGUCGUUUGCUGCGUAGGCCUCAGGCCACUUUUCUUAUCUACACUCUGCCACAUGUCCUUCAGCUCCUCAGGAGAUUCUCUUUGGAACCGAGAACCACUUAUCUCUGCGUCCUUCGGCUCCGUCCUGAGAUUCUCUUUGGAACCGAGAACCACUUAUCUCUGUGAUGCCCUCUUGUUGCUAAGCUCCCCUCACCCUGUGAACCUGAGACGGAGGAGCAAGAGGUGGCCCUGUGCAAGGAAGGAGGAGAGCAAACAAGUGUCCGCGAUGCUGAGGGUUGUUGUGGAGUCCGCUUCAAUUAACCCUCCCCUCAGCCCCAAACCCAAAGCCUGCGUGACUAUCUACUUCAGAGAUAUGAAGAAAAGAACUCGUGUGGAGAAAGGGAACCACCCUAUAUGGAAUGAGACCCUAAUCUGGCACCUCUGGAAUCAGCCACUGGAAAACGACUCCUUCCUGAAAGUCAUCCUUCAGGAUUCAGGUUCUAAGAAGAAACAAAGGUUCAUUGGCCUGGCCACUGUACUGCUCAAGAAGCUGGCACAAAGACCAAACGAUGUCUUGUUAGUGAGGAACCUGACCCUGCUCAACCAUUCCAUGAAGCCCACUGACUGUACUGUCACCCUACAGGUGGCCCAAAUAUAUGACCAGGAUACUGAGAUGGCAGGCAACGAGGAGCUCCUGGACUCAACUGUAAAUGAGGUGACCCAGGAGAAACUAAUGGUCUCUGGCUUCCCCGAGCACAGGGCUCUGGCUUCCAAGCCCCAACACUUUCAGGUUCGGGUGAAGGUGUUUGAAGCCCGACAGCUCCUGGGUAACAACAUCAAACCUGUAGUGAAGAUAAACAUCGCAGGCCAGCAGCAUCUCACUCGGAUCCAGAUGGGAAACAACCCUUUCUUCAAUGAGAUCUUCUUCCAGAAUUUCCACGAGGUUCCUGCAAAGUUCUUUGAGGAGAACAUCUUAAUCGAGGUGGUGGACUCUUCAGCAUCAAGAUCUAAAGCAGAGAUUGGGAGAUUCCAAACAGACAUUGGGUUCAUCUACCACUCCCCAGGUCACACACUCCUAAGGAAAUGGUUAGGCCUCUGCCAGAGAAAUAAGACCACCAGUGGAGUCAGAGGCUACUUGAAAGUCACCAUCUGUGCCCUCGGUGUGGGGGAUCAAGCACCGGUCGAUCAAAAGCUGCCCUAUGAGCGUGACACCCAGGUCCAGAUCUUCAAGUCAACAGAAGUUCCAGUCAGCCUGGCUUACCUACAGUUCUUCAUCUACUGUGCAGAGGACCUCCAUUUCAGCAACCACCAGUCAGCCACUCCUGCGUUGGAGGUGGAACUAAUUGGGGACAAGCUCAGGACGAAUCCACAGAGCCCGUCGGACAACCCAAUAUGGAACCAGAUCCUCACCUUCCAGAUUCAGCUGCCCUGCCUCUCCAGCUACAUCAAAUUCAGGGUGAUGGACUGCUCCAAAUACAAUUGCCGCGAAGAGAUUGGGUCUGCCAGCUUGUGCCUCAGCCAGAUCUCGUCCACCGGCGAGGAGAUCCAAGGGAUGUACUCUGGCUUCCUGCCCUGCUUUGGCCCCAGCUUCCUGACUCUCCGUGGGGGUAAAAAGCCCCCUUUCAGGACCACAGAGGAAGGCACUUGCAUCCUUGAUGCUGUCAAGGAUGGUUUAGCUUACCGUGGCCGAAUCUUUGUGGAGAUAGUCACCAAGAUCAAGUCUCAGCAAGACUCAGUAAUAAAAGACCUGUCUCAGGAAGUGACCCAGGUGGAGAUGCAGCAGUAUCGCCAAAAGUAUGGGCUGUGUGUUGUCUUCCUCUCCUGCACCAUGAUGCCCAAAUUUAAGGACCUGAUUCAAUUCGAGGUCAGCAUGGGCCACUAUGGAAACAAGAUGGAUCCAAACUACAAGCCUCUCGUGUCCACCACACAGCACAGCCCGGUGAUAUAUGACGGGACUAGCUACCAUUAUGUGCCCUGGUACAACACAAAGCCUGUGGUGGCUGUGACGUCCAACUGGGAAGAUGUGGGCUUCCGAAUGAACUGCCUCAACCUCCUCCACAUCGCCCGGGAUCGCCUGAAGACAAACCUGGAUGUCCUGAAAUCCAUCCGGAAUCCCAGGGAUCCAGCUCUGCUCCAACAGUGGGAGAAACUGCUGAAGGAACUGCAGGAGGACUGCUGGCGCCCCCUGCCUUGUAUGACUGAUGAGCCCAGAGCUAACAGCUUAGACAAGAAUAAAUGGCAGCUUCGCAGCCAGCUUCUGCAGCAACUAGCGCAAAGCGCCAAGGAAGCCAAGCCGGUGAACGUGGUGGGCACGGCAGAGGACUGGCUGCGCCGUCUCAAUGCUGUGAUCCCUGAGCCCCAGGAAAGCCUCCCGGAUGUGCUGAUCUGGUUGAUGUCCAGGCAGCAGCGAGUGGCCUAUGCUCGGGUGCCCGCCCACACCGUCCUGUUCUCCCCAGCAGGGCCCCUGAGCUCUGGCAAGUUUUGUGGGAAGAUUCAGAACCUCCUCUUACAGUACCCAGAUGGUGAAGGACAGGACACACCCCCAGCCUACCUCCGGGUCUGCAUGUGGUUUGGCAACGUCAAACACAGCAAGAAUCUGAAGCUGCUGCAGCAGGGUACCAUGGUGGUGUAUGCAGAGACGUAUGAGAACCAGGCCAAGAUCAAAGAUGCCUGGGGGCAGCAAGGGCUAUACCACUGCCCCAACUUCUCAGAUGUCAUGGGACGCAAGGCUCUCUCCAAGACAGACUUCAAGACUCCCUCAGGAUGGCAUUGGAAGAACGACUGGGUAGUGGAGCCUCAGAGGAGACUCCUCCUGGACAUAGACAUCAACAAGAGCCAGGUGCUGGAAGAGGUGUAUGAGAGCCAGGCUCGCAAUGCCACAGGUGCCUGGGUGCCUGCAGCUGUCCCCAACACGGACGUGAACGGGCAGCCUGUGGAAGCCCUGGAGAACGUGAAGUGUCCCAAAGGCUGGCACUUUAAGAAGAACUGGAUUGUGGAGCUCAACCAUGCAGUGGACAGUGAAGGCUGGGAGUAUGGCGUGGGGAUCCCACCCUCCGGCCUGCCCCAGAUCUGGAACUCGGUGGAAAAGACUUACCACUCGUGCCGCCGGCGACGGUGGGUGCGCGUGCGCUUUCGGAACCACAGGGAGCUGGGCCAGGAACUGAGCCAGGAGCAGGAGACCCUCUCCUUCCUGCAGAUGCAAGACCUCUCUGAGGAGGGCAAGGAAGGCUGGGAGUAUGGCACAUUCGACUCCAGGUUCCGCCUGGACCCUCAGCCCACAAGCUGCUUCCGUCGCCGCUGCUGGCACCGACAGCUGGCGCCCAACAAGGACAGGGGCGUAGCUCCCAUAUUCCUCCUGGAGGGAUCCUUGGCAGUGGAACAGAAAAACCAACCAAGGAAGGAAAUGGAGAGCACGUGGUCGUGGCAACACUGGAAGGACUGGCGGCACACCUCGGAGGAUACCCGGGUCCCCACCACACCUUUCAUCUAUUGCAUCCUCAACAAGCCUCACUACUACCAGCUCUUCUGCUAUGUCUACCAGGCCCGGAAUCUGAUGUACAACCAGAUGCCGACCUUUCAGGAGCCUUUCAUCCAAGUGGUCUUCCUGAACUACAGCUUGUGCACCCAGACCCUGCGAAGCUCGACAGCUCCGACGUGGUCCCAGACACUCAUCUUCCAGCACCUUCUGCUGUUUGAAGACCCUAAAGAUACUAGGGAAAACCCCCCACUUGUGGUGCUAGAACUGUGGCAGCAUGACUCGAGGGGAAAUAAGAUCUUGUGGGGACGGAGCAUGUGGCCCCCAGUCGUCUGGCUGGACCUCCAAGACUGGGUCUUUACCCCCCUGAGAUGGCACCCCCUUGUCAGAGAGUUGGGAGAAGACGAGGGGGAGAUCUUGGCAUCCUGUGAGCUGAUCCUAGAGACACAGAAGCUGAAAGAGCUACAUCUGCCGAUCCUAAGCGUCCCCUGUAAGAACGGGAUUUACGCACUGCCCAAGAACAUUCAGCCCAGUGUGAAAAUGAUGGCCAUUGAGAUCAUGGCCUGGGGCCUUCGGAACAUGCCCAAGGUGCGCUGCCCCCAGCUCCUGCUGGAAUGUGGGGAAGAGUCCCUGAGGACAGACCCCAUCAGCAACUUCCAGGAGAACCCCAACUUCCCCACGUCCACCUUCUUCUUCACCGUGUUCAUGCCUAUGGAGGAGACGCACGCACAGCCCCUGGUGGUGAAAGUGGUGGACAACCAGGAGUAUGGCCGGCAGACUGUGGCCGGGCAGGCCAACAUUGACUUCCUACAGCCCUAUUUCUGUGACCCGUGGUCUCUGAACUACACGACUGUAAAGCUCCCAACUCUGUCUGUGAAGAAGCCUGACACUUUCCUAGACUUUGUGUACAAGAAGUUCUUGUUCGAUUCCAGCAAAGACGAGGGUGACUAUGAGCCGGAGGUGGACUGGUGGAGCAAGCUAUCCUGGGCCAUGGGCGAUGCAGACAAGUCCCUGAACAACAACUACAAAAGCUACCACACCCUACAGGUAUACGACUGUGAGCUGGAGGCUGUUCUAGCCUUCCAGGGCCUGCAGGACUUUUGCCAGACCUUCAAACUUUACCAGGAGAAGCCCAAGGUGGACAGCCCCGUGGUAGGGGAAUUCAAGGGCCUCUUCCGCAUCUACCCCUUUCCCGAGGACCCAGAUGCCCCUAAACCCCCUCGUCAGUUCUCGGCUUGGCCUGAGGUCGAGGACUUCCCUCAGAUGUGUUUGGUACGGGUGUACCUGAUACGAGCCAUCAACCUACAGCCACAAGACUACAAUGGCCUGUGUGACCCUUAUGUGAUCCUGAAGCUGGGACAGACAAAACUGGGCAGCCGGGACGCAUACUACCCCAACACUCUGGAUCCCAUCUUUGGCACGAUGUAUGAACUCACCUGCAACAUCCCGCUGGAGAAGGACCUGGAGAUCCAGCUGUACGACUUUGACCUAAUUACGUCAGAUGAUGAAAUUGGAAGUACGGUCAUUGACCUUGAGAACCGACUUCUGUCUGGCUUUGGGGCCCGUUGUGGGCUCUCUAAAUCCUACUGCAAGUCGGGGCCCUUUAAGUGGAGGGAUCAGAUGACCCCAAGCUACCUUCUGUACCGACACGCCAAACAGAAAGGGCUGCCGCCACCUGUCUUUGACCUUGAGGGAGAUUCCAUUUACUACAAUGGGGAAAAGUUCAAGUUGCAGAGCUUUGAGUCUACACCUCCUACCUAUGAGCAUUUGGGGUCUAAGAAGGAGCGCCUGGCACUGUACAUCCUCAACACCCAGGGACUAGUUCCUGAGCACAUAGAGACUCGCACACUGCACAGCAACAGCCAGCCAGGUAUUGACCAGGGAAAAAUACAAAUGUGGGUGGAUAUCUUCCCCACGAUGCUGGGGCCUCCUAAGCCACCCGUCGACAUCAGCCCCAGGAAGCCUAAACGGUACCAACUGCGCUGUAUCAUCUGGAGGACGGCCGAAGUGGACCUGGUCCAAGAGACCUUCAGUAGAGAGAAAAUAAGCGAUAUCUAUGUGAAAGGGUGGCUCUUUGGGCUCGAGAAGGAUGCUCAGAAGACAGAUGUCCACUACCACUCCUUGACUGGGGAGGCCACCUUCAACUGGAGGUUCGUCUUUACCAUGGACUAUCUGACAACUGAGCGUGUGUGUGUCCAAAGCCAGAAGGACUACAUAUGGAGUCUGGAUCCCACGCCAAUGAAGUUUCCAGCCCGGCUCAUCCUCCAGAUAUGGGACAAUGACUUCUUUUCCCCAGAUGACUUCUUAGGGGUCUUGGAGCUGGAUUUAUCUGACAUGCCCCUCCCGGCCCAGAACAUCAGGCAGUGUUCCCUCAAGAUGAUGGAGACUGACUCCAAAUGGCCCUUCACCCCACAGAAGCGUAUCUCUCUCUUUAAGAAGACCAAUGUAACUGGAUGGUGGCCUUGUCAGGUUCACGAUGGUGACAAGUGGCGUUUGUCGGGUAAAGUCAAGAUGACCCUGGAGAUGCUGUCAGAGAAGGAAGCUCGAAUCAGGCCAGCCGGGCGAGGCCAGUCGGAACCCAACCAGUUCCCUACACUUCGUCCUCCCGAGCGAAAUGACUUUUUACUGUGGUACCAGUCACCUAUUAAAACCCUCUGCUAUGUUGUCUGCAAACGCUACCGCUCCAAAAUCAUAUGCUUAGUGGUGAUACUGGUGAUAGGAUUUAUACUGUUCAACUUCAUCUAUUCUGCUCCGAACUAUUUGACUAUGUCCUGGAUCAAACCUAGACUUCGGCUGUACCCUCCCAUUAAAAUAGUCAAUCUCAUCGGUUCGGGGAACACCAGCAAUAUCAACUCUUCCAUUUUUACCAUGGAGGGCUCAAGCUAA